GUCAGUGGUUCCCCGAACGAACCCGAUCGCUCGCACCAGACGAACGAGACGAGACGAGACGAGGAGGAGGAGGAGGCACGGAGCUCCUUGUGUUUGGGUUUGCCCUUUGCGUUGCCCCACCCCCACCGGGCCACAGGACGAAACCAACGCCACAACAACUCACACCCCCUUCGCCCGCGAGUUGCUCAGUCGCAGCGAGCCGGGCCACAAGACACGAGCGUUCCGGUUCAGGUUGGGGUUGGGGUUGCGCUCCCUCGUUUCAUCGUCGAUCCGCCCGACCCGCCACACCGGCCCGGGGACAGACAGAGAUCUCUCCCUCGCGCGCGCGUGCCGGCGGUGACAAAUGCGGCUUGAUUCGCCGGCGGACCAGCGGCGGUGAGCGAUGCAGCCGGACCAGCACCAGCAGCAGCAGCGGAGGAAGGGUUCAUCGGAGAUGGACUUCUUCAGUGAAUAUGGCGAUGCUAAUAGAUACAAAAUUCAGGAAGUCAUCGGUAAAGGGAGUUACGGUGUCGUUUGUUCAGCUAUUGACCAACAUACUGGCGACAAGGUGGCAAUCAAGAAAAUACACAAUAUCUUUGAGCAUUUAUCUGAUGCUGCUCGGAUCCUCCGUGAGAUCAAAUUACUCCGCCUAUUGAGACAUCCUGAUAUAGUUGAGAUCAGGCAUAUAAUGUUGCCUCCGUCAAGGAGGGAUUUCAAGGAUAUUUAUGUCGUCUUUGAGCUGAUGGAUACAGACCUCCACCAAGUCAUCAAGGCCAAUGAUGACUUAACCAAAGAACACCAUCAGUUCUUUCUCUAUCAGAUGCUUCGUGCACUGAAAUAUAUUCAUACCGCUAAUGUUUAUCAUCGUGAUUUGAAGCCAAAGAAUAUAUUGGCAAAUGCUAACUGUAAACUCAAAAUAUGUGAUUUUGGGCUAGCACGAGUGGCAUUCAAUGACACUCCCACGACUGUAUUUUGGACGGAUUAUGUUGCUACUAGAUGGUAUAGGGCUCCUGAGCUUUGUGGAUCUUUCUUUACUAAGUAUUCACCAGCUAUUGACAUAUGGAGUAUUGGUUGCAUUUUUGCGGAGAUUUUAACUGGGAAACCUUUGUUUCCUGGUAAAAAUGUAGUUCACCAGUUGGAUUUAAUGACUGAUCUCUUGGGUACGCCGUCACUGGAUACUGUUUCCAGGAUCCGGAAUGAGAAGGCAAGGAGGUACUUGAGUAGUAUGAGGAAAAAACAACCGGUAUGUUUUUCUGAGAGGUUCCCCAAAGCAGAUCCUGCUGCACUCAAACUUAUGCAGCGGCUUUUAGCAUUUGACCCCAAGGAUAGACCAACGGCAGAAGAGGCGUUAGCUGAUCCAUAUUUUAAAGGCCUUGGGAAGGUAGAGAGAGAACCAUCCUGCCAGCCAAUAUCGAAAUUUGAGUUUGAGUUUGAACGGAAAAAGGUGACAAAAGAGGACGUAAAGGAACUUAUAUUCCGUGAGAUAUUGGAGUAUCAUCCUCAACUUCUCAAGGAUUACAUGAAUGGAACUGAAAAAACGAACUUCCUAUAUCCUAGUGCUGUAGACAAUUUCCGAAGGCAAUUUGCUAACUUGGAGGAAAAUGGAGGGAAGGGAGGGGCAAUCGUUCCAUCGGACAGGAAGCAUGUUUCACUCCCCAGGACUACUACAGUUCAUUCUACACCAAUUCCUCCAAAAGAUCAGAAGUCUUCCCAAGUUCCCCAAAGGAUUCCAACAGGUAGACCAGGAAGAGUGGUUGGCCCGGUAAUACCAUUUGAGAAUUCAUGUGCUAUGGAUCCUUACAGUCAACGAAGGGUGGCGAGGAAUCCAGUACUUCCUGCAGCUGCUACCAAUGUAUCAGCAUACGCAUACCACCGAAAGUCAGACAGUUCAGAGAGAGAGUUACAGCAGGAGCUUGAAAAAGACCGCAUGCAGUACCAGCCGAUGCAGCGUUUCAUGGAUGCCAAGAUGGUCUCCCCUGACUUGAGGUCUACCUCCUAUUACAUGCCAAAGGGUGUCCCAAAAGCCGAUGUAGCAGAAAGGACUGGUUUGCAGCCAAACAUGAUGCAGGGAAUUGCCCCGUUUAAUGGCAUUGCUGCAGUUGGAGGUAGCUACAAUAAGGCCAGUGCUGUUCAGUAUGGAGUUUCAAGGAUGUACUAAGUGAUCUAGUGCAAUGACCACUUCCAAAAUGCUUGGCUUAGCUGAAGUAAUAACAUGGAAGAAUCGAAGUACUUACUGAGUUGCCUUAUGGGCUGAAGGUUCAGACAGUGGAUCGAUGAUCUUCGAUCGAGGAGGAAGUUGAUGUCUCAUGAAGAACAAAAAAAAUAAGAUUAUGCAAAGACAACAUCCUGCCUGUUGAUCUAGCUGCCAAGGAAAGAAUGACAUCUGGUAAUUUGCUGCUAAGGGGAAAAGCCGAAGUUGGGGGUACAAGAUGAUUGAGGUCUAUGUACUUUGAAAGAACGGAAACAUAUCGGAAUAAUGGAAAUGGUGAACUUCUGUACAUAAAUAACUUGAUUUUUCUUUGUAUUACUGUCGGCGAGAGCUGUCAGUUUUGCUCCAUAUUCAUGUGGCAAUGUGAUUUAUUUUUCUGGGUUUGAAGCACUUCUGCAGUUAUGCUUCUGUAGGAGUUCAGCGUUGUAAUAGUUCGGAGUAUGUUUAGAUCUGUAAUAGAAUAACAAGACCAAACUUCAGUAAGAUAGAAUGGUAAUGAA